UCGUAAAAAAUUACAAUAGAAUGGCCGCUCUCAGAUUUCUCUCUGCUAAGAUAUUGUUUUGGAUCUAUUUGUGUAGNACGAAAAUUACGUACUACACGAUAAAAUCAGUGCAAAAUGGUGAGAUAUUGUUAUGUCUGUAACAAAAAACAAGNCAAAAAUAAAGAUCUUUGCUUACAUAAAUUUCCAAAAAAUCGAGAGAUCUGUUUAAAAUGGAAACAGUUUUGCGGUUUGAGAGAAGUCGAUGAUGUAAGUGCGAUUUACAUUUGUUCCUUUCACUUUCGUCCAGAAGAUUUUCGGAGUCAUACAUCAACAUUAGCAGCAAAAAAGCAAUUGCUAAAACUUGAAGCAGUUCCUUCAAAUCGUUUUAAAAAAAAGCAAACUUUGAUUGUAAAGAAUGCAAAAUUAUUGUUGACAAAAGAAAGUUCAAAAGUAAACAAAGAUGAAACAGUACUAGAAAAACCACAAUUGGAAGUGCUAAGGCACAAUAAGGAAUAUAUAGAACCAGAAAUUAAUGUGCCAUUCUCAUACUCGAGUGAAAAUCGAGUAAAAGAUUAUUUGUCAUCAGUGAACAUGCCUGCAAAUGUAUCACGUCUUGUACAAGAACUAUUACAUUUAACACCUAUAAGAAGAGAACAUGUAGAAACUUCAAACAUUUCUGAAUUGCAAUCACAAAUUCAAAACAAUUAUGAUGAAAAUGUAGCACCAGAAAUUAAUGUGCCAUUCUCAUACUCGAGUGUCAAAAGUGAGACAACAGAAGUUGUCAGUCCGCUGCAAGAUAAAUCAUCUUUGCAUAAUGUUCUGGCAAACAUAUCAAAAAGAUCUGUUAACAAUUUAUGUUCGACGCCUAAAAGACGGAGAUAUGCAGAACCUCGCUACAUUACUGAAAUUACGACGCCUGACGUACAAACUCCUAAAAGAGCUAGUCGAGUUAUAAAAUUUGUUAAAAACAAUCAUAUGAAAGAAAAAGAAUAUAUAAAAAAGCUACAGAGGAAGAACAGAGACCUCAUAAAGCGCAUCAAGACUCUUGAAAAUAUGGUCUCUCACUUAAAAAAGAUGAAUUUAAUCUCUGAAGAUGCUGGAGAUUCUUUGCUAGUACAGUAUUCAGUUUAACUAUCGAAGUAGUAUGAAACAUGCAAUGUUCGUUAUUGUCAAUAAUUUGAAAAUGUUUGAUAAACAUAUAUGCAAAAUCCAGAUACACUCAACGUAGAGGUUUUCUGUCCUGAAAACUGCUACAAUUAUGGCGUACUCUUCAAUAUACAGAAAGGUUGACUCAUGAUUAUUACACUUCAUACAUGUACAUUUAUUUGCAUAAAAGAACAAAUUAAAAAUUUUUUUUAUAUAUUCAAUUUGUGCAGUAAUAUAAUUUGAUUAAUAUUUAUCUUGAUUGAUAAAUAUAAAAAUAUAAUAUCACCAAACUAAGUAAUGGUCUUGUUAAGAUAUUUAAUACUUAUUAAGAUACUUAUAUAUUUUUUCUUUAUUUAAUAACAGAUGUACAUAAUGUUUAUAUAAAUUAAAUAA